CGGCGCUGGUACCCAUGGACACGUCGUUCCCCCGCGAGGACCCCGGGCCCCUGGCACCCUGCAAGGCUGAUGGUGCCACCCCCACAGCUGUGACGCUGGGGGCGCCAGGACCCCCUCCUCGAGACCACUUAGUGUGGUCGGUGGUCAGCAGCCUCUACCUGAACAUGUGCUGCCUGGGCUUGCUGGCGCUGGCCUACUCCGUCAAGGCCCGAGAUCAGAAGAUGGUGGGGAACUUGGAGGCAGCCCGGCGUUUUGGUUCCAAAGCCAAGUGCUACAACAUUCUGGCUGCAAUGUGGACAUUGGUGCCGCCACUGCUGCUCCUGGGGCUGGUGGUGACUGGUGCCCUGCACCUGGCCCGGCUGGCCAAGGACUCUGCAUCCUUCUUCAGCACCAAGUUUGAUGAUGGGGACUAUGACUGACCCUGUCAGGCCCGACCGCAGGACACUGACCCAGGGUGCUACCCCAAGGCUCGGUGCUGGCCUUCCAGAGCCUGACCCCACCCAGACCCCAGGGUCCUCCAGCCGCAAGAGGAGCACCUAAUGCUAACUCAUUCAGACCCAGGGACCCGACACUAACCUAGAGGCCCCCAGACCCUAAUUCUGCCCCCAGGCCCUAACACCUAACCCUCCCUGCUCACUCACCAGGGUUAUACCUAGACUCACAA